AUGGCAGUAAUAAACAUGGAUGCAUGCAAGUCCCUGGGCAUAUCUGUUGUCGGUCAUUCGAAUGGUCACCAGGGUGAUUGUGGCAUAUUUGUUGGGGCAGUUCGAAAAGGAGGAGGAGCUGACAUCAGCAAAAAAAUUGAACCAGGAGAUUUGCUACUGGAGGUCAAUGGAAUUGAUCUGGAGAAAAUGUCAAAUGAUGAUGCUUUAUCUGUUUUGAGAUCUGAACUAUCUAAAGGAGGAAUAGCAAAAAUUCUUGUGGCCAAAUAUUGGGAC